GGAGGUCUCUCGCUUAAUGAAGGGAGCACAGAUUGUAUGACCGGAUCUGCUUCAAUGAAAGGCGUCAGGAGCCGCUUCUGCUGAUAAAUAAUUAUUGCAACAAUUAAAAAAAAAAGAAAAUCCACUGAGGAUAUCUAUCGCUUAUUUCCGCACAAGCGACCACAGCCAUGAGCGCAGGAGAGGGACUAGAUGAGGCUGCGAAGGACGCGGCAGACAUAGCGGCGUUUUUCAAAUCCGAUUGCUCUCUUCCAAAAUGUGAAUCCAAACUGGAUGGCCCAGGUCAAACCUCAGGGUUUCAUCGCAAUGAGGACAUGAAGGCCAUUGAUGUGCUUCCCAUCCUCAAGGAGAAGGUUGCCUUUCUCUCAGGUGGCAGAGACAGACGUGGAGGUCCCGUUCUCACCUUUCCAGCACGGAGCAACCAUGAUAGAAUACGACCCGAAGACCUGCGGAGGCUCAUAGCCUACCUGGCUACUAUUCCCAGCGAGGAGGUGGCCAGACAUGGGUUCACAGUUAUUGUGGACAUGCGUGGUUCUAAGUGGGACAGCAUCAAGCCUCUGCUGAAGAUCCUUCAGGAGUCUUUCCCUUCUUGCAUCCACGUCGCUCUCAUCAUCAAGCCAGACAACUUCUGGCAGAAGCAGAGGACCAACUUUGGCAGCUCCAAGUUUGAAUUCGAGACGGUGAUGGUCUCCUUAGAGGGUUUAUCCAAGAUUGUGGACCCAUCCCAGCUGACAGCUGACUUCGAGGGCAGCUUAGAGUACAACCAUGAUGACUGGAUUGAGGUGCGGCUCUCAUUUGAGACCUUUGCCAGCGAUGCAACGCGGGCUCUGGCACGUCUCGAGGAGCUCCAGGAAACCUUGUCCCAGCGCGAUCUCCCGCGGGACCUGGAGGGGGCUCGACGGCUCAUGGAAGAACAUGCUGCACUCAAGAAAAGGGCCACAAAGGCAUCAGUAGAGGAGCUGGACACGCAGGGACGAAGGCUGCUCCAGAGGCUACAGUCACAAACUGCAGGAGGUGGGAGCAGUGGUGAAAGCGGGUACGGUAAUCGGGCAGGUGGAGCUAGCGGAGAUUCCAACGACCAUCAUCAUGGAUUCCACACACAUGCGGACGCUCACAACCUAGUGGCUAAAGUGACGGGUUUGUUGGAUAAGCUUCAUGGGACACGCCAGAAUCUGCAGCAGCUGUGGCACAUGAGGAAGCUGAAGCUGGACCAGUGUUUCCAGCUGCGACUGUUUGAACAGGACGCUGAGAAGAUGUUCGACUGGAUCAUGCACAACAAGGGGCUUUUCCUCAACAGUUACACAGAGAUCGGCGGGAACCACCAGCACGCUGUCGAGCUGCAGACCCAGCACAACCACUUUGCUAUGAACUGCAUGAAUGUGUACGUGAACAUCAAUCGGAUCAUGUCAGUAGGGAACCGGCUCCUGGAGUCAGGCCACUAUGCCUCACAGCAGAUCCAGCAGAUCUCAGGCCAGCUGGAGCAGGAGUGGAAGGCCUUCGCUGCAGCACUGGAUGAACGCAGUACCCUGCUGGAGAUGUCUGCGAGCUUCCACCAGAAAGCAGACCAGUACAUGAGUAAAGUGGAGCCGUGGUGUAAGGCGUGCGGUGAAGGAGAGCUGCCCUCUGAACUCCAGGAUCUGGAAGACACAAUCCACCAUCACCAGGGAUUAUAUGAGCACAUCACCACUGCAUACUCUGAGGUAAGCCAGGAUGGCAAGUCUCUCCUGGACAAACUGCAGCGACCCCUGACCCCAGGAAGCGCAGAUUCACUGAUGGCAUCAGCUAACUACUCCAAGGCAGUACACCAUGUCCUGGACAUCAUCCACGAGGUGCUGCAUCACCAGAGGCAGCUGGAAAACAUCUGGCAGCAUCGCAAAGUUCGCCUGCACCAGCGCCUGCAGCUGUGUGUCUUUCAGCAGGAUGUACAGCAAGUGCUGGACUGGAUAGAAAACCAUGGCGAGGCCUUCCUCAGUAAACACACUGGUGUUGGGAAGUCUUUGCACAGAGCCAGGGCUCUGCAGAAGAGACAUGAGGACUUUGAAGAAGUUGCACAGAACACCUACACCAAUGCUGACAAGUUGCUGGAGGCAGCAGAGCAGCUGGCUCAGACCGGAGAGUGUGACCCAGAGGAAAUUUACCAGGCUGCCCACCAGCUAGAAGAUCGCAUCCAGGACUUUGUGCGACGUGUCGAACAACGUAAAGUCCUGCUGGACAUGUCCGUGGCCUUCCACACACACGUCAAAGAGCUGUGGACGUGGUUGGAGGAGCUUCAGAAGGAACUGUUGGAUGAUGUGUACGCGGAGUCGGUGGAAGCAGUGCAGGACCUGAUCAAGCGUUUUGGCCAGCAGCAGCAGACCACCCUACAGGCUACUGUCAAUGUCAUCAAGGAGGGAGAGGACCUCAUACAGCAGCUCAGAGACUCGGCCAUCUCGAGCAACAAGACUCCCCACAACAGCUCCAUGGCCCACAUCGAGAGCGUGCUGCAGCAGCUGGACGAGGCCCAAGGCCAGAUGGAGGAACUGUUCCAGGAAAGGAAGAUCAAACUUGAGCUCUUCCUUCAGCUCCGCAUCUUUGAGCGGGAUGCGAUCGACAUCAUCUCAGACCUGGAGUCAUGGAACGAGGAACUGUCGCAGCAGAUGAGUGACUUUGACACGGAGGACCUGACCCUGGCCGAACAGAGGCUACAGCAUCAUGCAGACAAGGCGCUUACUAUGAACAACCUCACCUUUGACGUCAUCCACCAGGGACAAGAGCUGCUGCAGUAUGUCACAGAGGUCCAGGCGUCUGGUGUGGAGCUGUUAUGUGACAGAGAUGUGGACAUGGCCACACGGGUCCAGGACCUGCUGGAGUUCCUCCACGAGAAGCAGCAGGAGUUGGACCUGGCAGCAGAGCAGCACCGGAGACACCUGGAGCAGUGUGUCCAAUUAAGGCAUCUACAGGCUGAAGUCAAACAGGUUCUGGGUUGGAUCCGUAAUGGAGAGUCCAUGCUGAACGCUGGCCUGAUCACAGCCAGUUCGUUACAAGAGGCUGAACAGCUGCAGAAGGAACACGAGCAGUUCCAACAUGCAAUAGAGAAAACCCAUCAGAGUGCACUGCAGGUACAGCAGAAGGCUGAGGCCUUACUCCAGGCAAACCACUACGAUAUGGAUAUGAUCAGAGACUGUGCAGAAAAGGUGGCAGACCAUUGGCAGCAGCUGAUGCUGAAGAUGGAGGACCGGCUCAAGCUGGUUAAUGCCUCUGUGGCCUUCUACAAGACCUCUGAACAGGUGUGCAGCGUGUUGGAAAGCCUGGAGCAGGAGUACAAGCGAGAAGAAGACUGGUGUGGCGGUGCUGAUAAACUGGGCCCAAACAGUGAGUCAGACCAUGUCACUCCCAUGAUCAGCAAACAUCUGGAGCAGAAAGAGGCCUUCCUCAAGGCCUGUACAUUAGCCAGGCGUAAUGCUGAUGUCUUCUUGAAGUACCUGCACAGAAACAGUGUCAACAUGCCCGGCAUGUUGUCCCAUGUCAAAGCUCCAGAGACUCAGGUUAAAAAUAUAUUGAAUGAGCUGCUGCAGAGAGAGAACAGAGUGCUCCACUUCUGGACCAUGAGGAAGCGGAGGCUGGACCAGUGCCAGCAAUAUGUAGUGUUUGAACGCAGCGCCAAACAGGCCUUGGAGUGGAUCCAUGACACUGGGGAGUUUUACCUGUCCACACACACAUCCACCGGCUCCAGUAUUCACCACACUCAGGAGCUGCUGAAAGAGCACGAAGACUUCCAGAUCACAGCAAAGCAAACCAAAGAGAGGGUAAAGCUGUUGAUCCAGCUGGCUGAUGGGUUUUGUGACAAGGGCCACGCCCAUGCCCUGGAGAUAAAGAAAUGGGUGUCCUCAGUGGACAAACGCUACAGGGACUUCUCGCUCCGCAUGGACAAAUACCGAACCUGCCUGGAAACGGCGCUCGGCAUUUCUUCCGACUCAAACAAGGCUAGUAAAGAGCUGCAAUUGGACAUCAUCCCAGCCAGUGCUCCAGGGUCAGAGGUCAAGUUGAGGGAUGCUGCCCAUGAACUCAACGAGGAGAAGAGGAAAUCAGCGCGAAGGAAAGAAUUUAUAAUGGCUGAGCUGAUUCAAACAGAGAAAGCCUACGUCAGAGACCUACGGGAAUGUAUGGAUACAUACCUGUGGGAGAUGACCAGCGGUGUGGAAGAGAUUCCUCCCGGUAUUGUCAACAAGGAACACAUCAUCUUUGGGAACAUGCAGGAUCUCUACGAGUUUCAUCACAAUAUCUUCCUGAAGGAGUUGGAGAAGUAUGAGCAGCUUCCAGAGGAUGUCGGCCAUUGUUUUGUGACCUGGGCUGAUAAGUUCCAGAUGUAUGUGAACUACUGUAAAAACAAGCCGGACUCCACUCAGCUCAUCCUGGAGCAUGCUGGAGCCUACUUUGAUGAAAUCCAGCAAAGACAUCGUCUUGCCAACUCCAUUUCGUCUUACCUGAUCAAACCAGUCCAGAGAAUCACUAAGUACCAGCUUCUUCUCAAGGAGUUGUUGACAUGCUGUGAAGAGGGAAAAGGUGAAAUCAAGGAUGGUCUUGAAGUGAUGCUAAGUGUCCCCAAGAAAGCUAAUGAUGCCAUGCACCUCUCUAUGCUGGAUGGCUUUGAUGGGAACAUUGACUCCCAGGGAGAGCUGAUACUCCAGGAGUCCUUCCAGGUGUGGGAUCCCAAAACGCUUAUUCGUAAGGGUCGUGACCGACACCUCUUCCUCUUCGAAAUGUCCCUGGUCUUCAGCAAAGAAGUCAAAGACUCCAACGGGCGCAGCAAAUACCUCUACAAGAGCAAGCUCUUUACGUCAGAGCUUGGAGUGACAGAACAUGUGGAGGGAGAUCCUUGUAAGUUUGCCCUGUGGGUGGGCAGGACCCCAACCUCAGACAACAAGAUUGUCCUCAAGGCUUCAAGCAUUGAGAACAAGCAGGACUGGAUCAAGCACAUUCGCGAAGUCAUCCAGGAGCGAACUGUGCACCUGCGCGGAGCUCUGAAGGAGCCCAUCCACAUCCCCAAAGCCACCACAACUAAACACAAAGGCAGACGGGACGGAGAGGAACUGGACAGCCAGGGAGACGCCAGCAGCCAACCAGACACCAUCUCCAUUGCCUCACGUACAUCUCAGAACACACUGGACAGUGACAAGCUGUCCGGUGGCUGUGAGUUGACAGUCGUGAUCCAUGACUUUGUGGCCAGUAAUGGCGGCAGCAGUGGGGAGCUGACGGUGCGCAGAGGCCAGACUGUGGAGGUUCUUGAGCGACUCCACGACAAGCCGGACUGGUGCCUCGUGCGGACCACAGACCGUUCUCCAGCCCAGGAGGGCAUCGUACCCUGCUCCAUGCUCUGUAUCGCUCAUUCCAGGUCCUCCAUGGAGAUGGAGGGGCUCUUCAACCACAAAGACACCUUGUCUGUAUCCAGUAACGAUGCCCUGCAGCCAGGCUCCAGCCAUACCCUGGGCCCUCACAGCUCACCGGGGCCCAAACGUCCUGGGAACACUCUAAGGAAGUGGCUGACCAGCCCCGUACGGCGGCUCAGCUCCGGCAAAGCGGACGGCCACGUCAAGAAGCUCGCCCACAAGCACAAGAAGAACCGUGACGGCACAAGGAAGAACAUGGACACAAUUCCCGGCUCACAGAAGGACUCUGAUGACAGUGCUGCUACGCCACAGGAUGAGACACUGGAGGAGCGUAUGCGUAAUGAGGGGCUGAGCAGUGGUACCCUGUCCAAGUCGUCCUCAUCAGGCAUGCAGAGCUGUGGUGAGGAGGAAGGAGAGGAGGGGGCUGACGCUGUCCCUCUGCCUCCCCCUAUGGCCAUCCAGCAACACAGCCUGCUGCAGCCUGACUCCCAGGAUGACAAGUCUGCAUCUCGUCUGUCCGCUCGUCCCAGUAGCUCAGAGACGCCCAGUGCUGCUGAACUGGUCAGUGCCAUCGAAGAGCUGGUGAAGAGCAAGAUGUCUCUGGAGGAUCGUCCCAGUUCUCUCUCAGUAGAGCAGGGCGACAGCAGCUCCCCCUCCCUCAACCCCUCCGACAACUCCCUCCUCUCCUCCUCCUCACCCAUCGAUGAGGUGGAUGAGCGCAAGUCUGGCUUCCUCAAGAGGAGACAUUAUGUGCUUCUGGAGCUGGUGGAGACUGAAAGAGACUAUGUCAGGGACUUGGGAUCAGUGGUGGAGGGCUACAUGAACAGGAUGAAAGAGGAAGGAGUUCCAGAUGACAUGAGAGGAAAAGACAAGAUUGUCUUUGGAAACAUCCAUCAGAUCUAUGACUGGCACAAAGAUUUUUUCCUGGGAGAGCUUGAGAAGUGUUUGGAGGAUCCUGAGAGACUGGCUCCUCUAUUUGUCAAACAGGAGCGGAGGCUACACAUGUACAUUGUGUACUGCCAGAACAAGCCUAAAUCUGAGCACAUUGUGUCAGAGUACAUUGACACUUACUUCGAAGACCUCAAGCAGCGAUUAGGCCACAGAUUGCAGAUCACUGACCUGCUAAUCAAACCUGUGCAGCGUAUAAUGAAGUACCAGCUGCUGCUAAAGGAUCUUCUCAAAGUUUCUAAGAAGGCUGGAGUGGACACAACAGAGCUGGAGAAAGCUGUGGAGGUGAUGUGUGUGGUCCCCAAGCGCUGCAAUGACAUGAUGAAUGUAGGCCGCCUUCAAGGCUUCGAUGGUAAAAUUGUGGCUCAGGGCAGAUUGAUCCUCCAAGACACCUUCAUGGUUUCAGACCAGGAUGGGGGACUUCUGUCCAGGAUGAAAGAGAGGAGAGUCUUCCUGUUUGAGCAGAUUGUGAUCUUCAGUGAGCCCCUAGACAAAAAGAAGGGCUUCUCUACUCCUGGCUACCUCUUCAAGAACAGCAUCAAGGUGAGCUGGCUGGGUCUAGAAGAAAAUGCAGAUGACCCCUGCAAGUUCACACUUACUUCCAGAUCAUCUAGUGGUAACCUGGAGAGGUACACCCUCCAUUCAACGAGCCCUGGAGUCAGUCAAGUCUGGGUCCACCAGGUCAGCCAGAUACUGGAGAACCAGCGCAAUUUCCUCAAUGCUCUGACAUCCCCCAUAGAGUACCAGAGGAACCAUGUGGGUGGCGGCGGGCCAGGUGGUCCUCCCAGCAGCAGUAGCAGCAGCAGUACUGGAGGCCUGCCAGGGGGCAGCAGCUCCAAUAGUACCUCCAACAUGGGAGGGGGAGGUGGCGGUGGUGGUUCUGGAGGAUCAGGAGGCAGCUCCUCUUCUCUGUGCGGCCCUCGCUCCCGACCCUCCCGCAUCCCCCAGCCAUCCUCACGCCUCCCCCAGCCUGUCCACCACCACCACCCUCCAGGCCCUGAGGGGCCUGACAGAUCAGCAGGUAUGUGGUCACCCUGCCACCCUCAGUCCCUCCCCUCUAACCCCUACUCAGACACCACCACAAACGGAGAGCUGUUAGCCUCAGAGGUCCCUAAGAUGAGGAUGCUGGAUAGUCCUCAUGGAAGUAACAGUAAUAACAGUAACAGGCCGUCAGGCAGCAUGGAGGGCAGUGUCAGACAGGGUCUCGGAGGCUAUGAAGAAACCCAGAAACAUCAAACAGCUGGAAUACCCCAGAUGGCUGUGGCUCCUCUGAAUUUGCCUCUAAAAAGCCCUCGAAUUGGGACAGUUUCUCCUCUGAUUUCACCUCAGUCUCCUGGAGGAGCAGGAGGAGGAAAAGAAGCAUUUGUACCCUCCAGUCCGGCUCAUAAAAGCAACACUUUCUGGGCUAUGGUCCCUGCCAUGCCUCCCUCUCAGGCUAGUCGGCCUGGUUCCUUCUCCUACCCCAGUGACAGUGGUGGUGGAGGGGACUCUUUGGGCAGAGGAAGCCAUGGGACGCCCUCUCAUCACCGCCACUCCACCCACAGUAAGGACACAGACCGCAUGAGCACCUGCUCCUCCACCAGUGAGCAGUCCAUACACUCCACCCAGAGCAACGGGAGUGAAAGCAGUAGCAGCAGCAGUGUGUCCACCAUGCUGGUGACCCAGGACUAUGUGGCAGUGAAGGAGGAUGAAAUCAGUGUGGUGCAGGGCGAGGUGGUCCAAAUGCUAGCCAGCAACCAGCAAAAUAUGUUCUUGGUGUACCGGGCAGCCAACGAGCACUGCCCUGCAGCUGAAGGCUGGAUCCCUGGCUAUGUAUUGGGACACACCUCAUCCUCCAUUACACCCGAACUCCCUGAAGGAACCAUCAAAAAAUCAUUAUCAUGGCACACAGCGCUCCGCAUCCGCCGGAAAUCUGAAAAAAGAGAUAAGGAGGGUAGGAAAAUGGAGAACGGCUACCGCAAGUCUCAGGACAGUCUGGCCAACAAAGUCUCUGUCAAGCUUCUAAAUCCCAACUUCAUCUAUGAUGCUCCUCCAGAGUUCCUCAUCCUGGUUAGCGAUGUAGUAUGUGAAAGUGGCGACAGUGUUACUCUGAGGUGUAAGGUGUGCGGUCGACCCCGGGCCACUGUCACCUGGCGGGGACCUGACAAUAACACCCUGAGCAACAACGGACACUACAGCAUCACUUACAGCGAGACAGGAGAAGCAGCCCUGCGUAUCCUCGGAGUGUCUGUUGAGGACAGUGGUGUGUACACCUGUGUUGCCACAAAUGUAGCAGGCUCCGUCACCUCCUCCGCCAGCCUCAGAGUCUCAGGAAUUUCUGAUGAUGGUAGUGAAGUCCUCUGGAAAAGCAGCUUUGAGUCCCACUACACAGAGAUCACUGAACUAGGAAGAGGCCGGUUCUCAGUGACUAAGCGGUGUGACCAGAGAGGGAGCAAGCGGACAGUAGCAGCAAAACACGUAAACAAGAAACUGUUGCGUCGAGAACAGGUGCUGCAGGAGAUCAGACUCCUACGGACACUGGACCAUCCCAACCUGGUCAAACUGCUGGACACAUAUGAGACGGCCAACAGCUACGUACUUGUACUAGAGAUGGCAGACCAGGGACGUUUCCUGGACUAUAUAGUGAGCUGGGGAAACUUGACAGAGGAGAAAGUGGCUCUCUACCUCAGAGAUAUUCUUGAAGCUCUCCACUACUUGCACAGCUGGAGGAUAGCACACCUUGAUAUCAAACCUGAGAACAUUGUUGUGGAACAUGCAUCUUCUCAGCCACUGAUCAAGCUGACAGACUUUGGUGACGCUGUUCAGCUGAACCCUCCCUCCUCCUUCAUCCAUCCUCUCCUGGGGAGCCCAGAGUUCUCUGCUCCUGAGCUGGUCCUGGGUCAGCCCGUCUCACUGAUGUCUGACCUCUGGAGCUUAGGGGUGGUGACGUACGUUCUACUAAGCGGCGCCUCUCCCUUCCUGGAUGAGAGUUUGGAGGAGACAUGUCUGAACAUCUGUCGCCUGGACUUCAGCUUCCCCGAGGACUACUUCCAAGGUGUGAGCCCAGCUGCCAGGGACUUUGUCUGCCUGCUGCUUCAGGGUGAGCCGGAACGCCGACCCUCUGCAGCAUCCUGCUUGCAGGAGCCCUGGCUCCAGCCUCGUGGUGUGAUAAACAGAGACACUGGACAUGCCACAUUAAAUCACAUGCAGCCGACAUCUCAGAAUCAUCACGCAGCACAUCUGGACACCUCCAGACUCAUUUCCUUCAUCGAGAGACGGAAACACCAGAACGAUGUUCGGCCCAUCGGCACCAUAAAGGCCUUCCUUCAAAGCCGCCUGCUCAACCACAUCUGACUUAUGGGUCACUAGGUAGACAUGAGAGCAAUAGCAUGUACCGUUGCCACCAGUUCCUGCAGAUGAGCUGUGUUAAAAAAAAAAAAAAAACAUGCUGAGAGGACCACCAGCAACAUGUCCGUGAUGAUCUCCUUUUCCUUCACUAAGUCACAAAAUUCCUG